CUUGAAGAGUGAGCUAGCUCUCGUGUGAUGACUUUCUUGAUGAAGCUUAGGCCAGAAUUUGAAGGUAUUCGCUCCUCACUUCUUCAUCGUAAUAUUACUCGGCUAGAGGAUGUCUUGGGUGAGCUAAUUAGGCAAGAGACACGGCUGAGAAGUCAAGCUAAAAUUGAUCUUCAUGAAGCGGACAAUUCAGCUACUGUGUUCUCAGUGAGUGGGCGAUCUUCAGCUGCCCCUUUAGCUCGUUCUUCUCAGGUGAUGGUUGGUUCCUCCGCUGGAGAUCAAUCGGUCUAUGCUGUGAGGUCUAAUAGGCCGCGUUUCCAUCGUUCAGCAAAUGGUCAGGUGAUUUGCUUUUAUUGUAGAGAACUCGGUCACGUUAAACUACAUUGCCCCAAACGUAUUGAGUGCAAUUAUUGUAAAGAAGCAGGGCAUAAAAUUGCAGCAUGUCCCAUUCUAGCAAAAAAGGGGAGGGCUCAGGUUGGAACUUCUCAUCGUGGUGCUGCCCCUGCUCCUGCCUAUGCCACGGCUACCGCACCUCUCGCCCCGGCUGGUUUUACUUCCGACUCCAUUCAUCAAAUGCUUCAGGAGGUGGUUCGUGACGCUUUUCCAUCUGCCUUAGGCUCGGUAUUUACAGCGGGACAAGAAAACGGGGAAGGAGCUGGGCCACGGGACUAAGGUUGGCCUAGUUUUUCAGCUGGAUCGGUUUGAAGGUUCUAAUGAGAGGCUGGAUUCGGGUGAGAGUGGUGCUAGCGUGGGUGCGGCGGUGGUC